AUUCAUUCUCUCUUUCAAUUAAAAACAACAUCUCUCGGUCGGAUGGCCGAUUCUUCCUCAAUGUCGGUCGUAAUUGGCUUCAUAAAACCAAAUUCAAUCGAUCAAAGUCGUUGUAUAUCAACAAAGAAGUCAAUAUAUUACACGAGAAUAAGCUAGACGGAUUCCCUAGAUCUAAUGGUGAGACCCGUAGACCCAUCAGAAAAAGGAAAUGCAAUACCUAAACCCACCGACUUCCGGUUCUGAUAUGUUCAUUUCUACAGCAAUCAGUAAAGAUGCAUUACCAUUUAAUCGCAUUAGUGCUGAUUGCAAGUACUGCGGUCCUGGUUGAAAUAAAGUGUCAAACAACCAACAUCAGCACGACCUUGCUGGAUGAGACCAGCAGCACACUCGGGACAUCAGACGGAAAACUUGGCGAAGUACAUUGCAGCGCUCCGGGACCAUUCCCAAAUGGAUGGAUCGAUGCCACUCAGAACCUUCCGCUGGGAAUGUCAAAGGUGGGCAGGGCCAUCGUUUAUCGCUGCAAUAGAAAUAUGAAGCAGAUCGGAGCCAGCGAAGCUGUUUGCGAGAUAAGCGGACGCUGGAGUAAAAAUCCACCUCAAUGUCUGGCCUCCUGCAUCGUACCGUUGGUGGAUCACGGGGUCAUUCGGGAUGCUCUCAAUGGAUCAAUAAUCUCUCACGGAGAAAACGUGAUCCUUGAAUGUAACCAAUCCUACCAGCCGGCUCACGGAUUGUCAAAGUACAUUUGCAACAACGGGACUUUGAACGUCACUCCUCGAUGUGAUCCCGGAGAGUCCCCAAAAGGAAAUUGUAACAGACCGGAUAUCCUGGACGGGACGUUCGUUCAAAUAGACGGGAAGAACGUGACCAGAAACCAAACGUACGACAUUGGAACUGAAAUCAUUUACAGAUGCCAAAAUCCUGGCCACCAAAUGAUCGACACUGGAUUAGAAAAUUCGACGCGAAUUUGCAAUGCGACCACGAAAAAUUGGACAGGAACUCCGCCAAACUGCGUGGCAACAUGCAGGUCUUUGAUCCCACAAUCCAACCAUUCCGAUAACGACUUGCACUUACGGUUCAAUGUCGCUUACGACGAAACGGCACUAUCCGGCGGACGCUACAAAAUCGGGACGAAAGCAAUUAUGCGCUGCAAUUUCGGUGAACGAGUUAUUCACCCGUCGACCGACGCUGCGCAGCCAAAUAAUAAUGACACGGUGGUGGUGGUUUGCCAAUCUAACGGAACGUGGCGAGGGUUCGUUCCCCUAUGCGAUCCGCCUCCCAACGAUUUGGACUUGUCGCAAUUUGCCAUCAUUGUGGCUUGCGUGGUUUCGAUUCUGAUAUUCGCUCUGGCCGUCGUCCUUCUCUGCGAAUCGAGGUCGAGACAGGCUCGGCGCAAUCGAGUCGUCGAAAAUACCUUCAACAGGACAGACUCGCAAAGAAUGCGGGCCGAACUACUUCGGCAAACUCGGCGUAAAACUUUCUACGCUCUGGAAGAUCGUCCGGAUGGCGAGCGCGAAUACGCCACAAUUCACAGGGUGGGACAGAGUCCGAGACCAUCGCGUUUAGCUGUCGAGUACAGCAAACUUUGAUAAUAAUGGCUUUCAAGUUUAACGCAAAUACACGAGAUUCGGCAAGCGGAA